UCUUGCCUCCACUCCCCAGAGUCGGCCUGAUGACUGUGCAGUGUUCAAAGGGGAUCCAUUGAGACCAGCGGGGUUUGGGGCUCUGAAUCAAAUGAUAAAUGGUGUUGGCUACUCUGAGAUGUGUCCAGAGCGCCGUCCCAGGACCUAACCGCGGCCCUUUUUGUCUCAGGGAAUUAGUGCAAGAGGAGGAGAAACGGUUGAUGGAAGAAAGGAAAAAGAGGAAAGAGGAGAAGAAGAAAAGAGAAGCUGCUCCGAAGAAGGCCACUGAACAGAAAAACAAAGUGCCAGAACCACCAAAGCCAGGUGCAAGCCCAUCUCAGCCUGCUGUCUCCAUUCCUACCGGUACUUCCACGGCAGCCAGCGGCAGCAGUAAUAACACCAACAAUAAUGCCAGACGGCCUGCAGGCAGCCACCCGCAGCCAGCCCCGCAGCAGCCUUCUCCUCGCUACCCACCCCGUGAGGUGCCGCCCCGAUUUCGGCACCAGGAGCAGAAGCAGCUUUUGAAGCGUGGGCAGCAGCUGCCGGGGCUUGCAGUGAACCUGGGGGCCGCACCGAAGCCGGCAGACGGCCUGUCAGGAGGCAGCCCGGCCACAAGCACGCAGCCGGCCGUGGCUGGCGGAGACGAGCAGAGCAGCAGCCAAAAACAAGGAGGCAUGCCUCCCAUUCGGGACUUGGUCAGCCACUCCCCUAACCAGUCAGAUCUGAACCACAGCACACGAGGACCCCACUAUGAGAGUGCUCACUGGGGAGCUGUCUCUUCCAGUAGCGACUCCAGCACAAAUUGGGAGAAAGUCCUCCUAGACGGCUCAGACAAGGAGGCAUGGCCCUUCAGCGCCAACGGCAGUGACACGGAGCUGGCUUCAGAAUGUAUGGACACUGACUCUUCCUCGAGCUCCGGGUCAGAGAAGAGCCUGGCGCUCAUGGCUUCCAGAGGCCCAGGCGCGGAUGGCGGCGUGCUGAACGGCAUUGGGCACAGCUCUCCGGCCACGUUCGUUGGCGGUAGCCACAGCAAUAACGGGAGUGGAGGCGGCUUGAGCCGGCCGUGGGGCAUGUGUCUCAGCGCCGGGAUGAGCACAGGUCAGGCCUCAGCAGAUGCUUCCAAGGGCAUAUCUGAAGGUGGCCGUGGCAGGGGGAACUCUUGGGGCAUGCUCAACCCAUCGCCCAGCGGAGGGCUGAAUCCCAGCACUUUGAAUGCCAGCAGCAGCUGCGGUGCCUGGCCCACGUUGGAGAGCAACUGGCACCCCCUGAAAGGGCCUGGUGGAGGUGGCGGUGGCGGAAGUCAGGGAGGGAGCAAUCCAAGCAGGACCCCUGGCCCCUGGGGGAGCCUCUCGGAGAGCAGCCGUGAUGACCAAGCCAAUGGUGCCAGGAAGGUUUCGCAGAGCAGGCAACCUCAGAACCUUAACCCUGAAACAAAUGGACCAAAUAGUAACACUACUAACGUGAUGACCUCUAGUUUACCAAACUCCGCCGGCUCUGUGCAGGCGAACGAGCCAGCCGGCAGCGACGCAGGGGCCGGGGCCUGGGGCCGGGGCGGCAGGACCUCUCUCCCUCUGCUCCAGACCUCACCGGCACUCAGCGGCCCGUCCGUUCCUCAUGUGAGCAACGGUGAAGUGAAAAUCAGCAGCACGGCUUGGGCGGGCACCUGCGAGCCCACCUACUCCGGAGACCGAAGGUCUGACUCCAACAGCGGAGCCAGCAGCAACACUGUGAAUGCAACUCUAAUGCAGCCGGGGCUCAGCAGGGCUAGCAGCACAAACUUUGAAACCAACGGGGAUAAAGGAGCAGGGGAGUGGGAGGGAGCCGGGACAGCCUGCCCCCCAAACUUGCCAUGGGGGGGCAGCUCAGGCUCCGGGGGCAGCCGGGGAGGCUGGAGCAGGCUGCCCCAAAGCAACAACUUUGCAGACGGAGAGUGGAACCAGAUGCUGAGCAAUCGGUGCCCUUCCGAGAACGGCAGCGGGAGCGUCAGUUUCACGAGCAUGUGGCAAUCCACCGAGGAGGAGAGCGCGAGCACGGAAGGGCAGAGUUCCGCGCCCUCUCCCUUCCCAGAGCAGCACGGCAGGGGAGCGAAAUGGGCCAGCCCGGGGGGGAGCGAAAUGGGCCCCGACAGCCCCCAGGAAAGAGCAGCGGUGGACGAAGGGGCCGGUCACGAGAGAGGGAAAGCUGACCCGUACGCGCUGCUCCAAAGCAUCCUGAACAGGACAGGCUUGGACCCGCGAGUCCUUUCCAACUCCGGCUGGGGCCAGACGCCCAUCAAGCAGAACACCUCCUGGGACAUGGCGGCUUCCCCCCGAGCAGAGAGGAAGGCAGACAACGGCACCGAGGCUUGGGGAGGCCGCAGCUCAGGGGGAGGUGUGGAGAGGCCUGGCGGGAACUAUGGCUCUUCGGGGUCAGGGUGGAGCGAGCCAAAGUCUGCUCUGAGGUGGGGAGACGCCAAGGUCUCCAGCAGCCAGGGGGGCUGGGAGCAACCCGCCCCUUCCGCACAGGCCAAAGGCAAUCAGUCGUGGGCGGCGGGUGGCAAAGACAACAAGUCCUCGCUUUCCCUGUGGAACGAUGGGGAGAAGUUAAAACCGGGGCCGGGAGACAGGCAGAAGGCGAGCCCCGUGUGGACAGGCCCAGCUGUCGACGGCUGGGGGGAGAACUGGAGAAGUAGCAACCACUGGGGCGAGGCGAAGAAGUCCAGUUCCGGCAGCUUGGCGGCAAGCGUGGGUCGGGGCAGCUGGAAGGAACCGAAGCAAAGGCUGGCGCUGGCCGCUGGGGAGGGCAGAAGACCCAGCUCAGGCCCCUCAUCAGGUGGGAGGAGCCCCCCAAGCCGAGCCAAAGCCAGGGCUGGGGGGAGCCUCCGAACCCAGUUUCUCCUCGGAACCUCACUUUUCCCAGGUGGAGGCGAUGCAGACGCAGCCAAGGAAGAGGAACCCACCGGGUGGGAGGAGCCUUCCCCCGAAUCAAUUCGCCGUAAAAUGGAGGUCGACGACGGGACCUCCGCUUGGGGGGACCCGAGCGGGUACAACUACAAGAACGUGAAUUUGUGGGACAAGAACACCCCAAGAGUGGGCGACCCUUCGGACCAGCAAGCACACGGCCCUCCGCAGCACCUGCCAGCCCAUGCAGCACCCGGCCCAGAAAAUGGUGGUGGCAGCAGCAGCUCCAGUUGGGGAGAGCCCCCUCCCCCACCAACCACUGUAGACAAUGGCACAUCGGCGUGGGGCAAGCCUGUCGACACGGGGGCCAGCUGGGGGGACUCCAUCGGCGAUGCAGGUGGCACCGCGAACUGGGGGAGCUUGCCCGCUAGUCAGCCGGCUCCGAAUAAAGCUGGUGACCCGGGCACCGUCCGCAGCCAGGGGCACAGUUCUGCGUUGAAGAGUGGCUGUGUGUGUUCCACCUUGGGAAGACCCCAGAGUCUGCCUGGCCGAGCUGGCCCGGCUGGUGUAGGGGGGAGCAAGCAUGCCCUUGGCAGCGGGUAUCCUGCCAAGAAAGCGGCUGGGAAGGGCUCGGAGGAUGUGGACAUUGGAAUGUGGAACAGCAGCUCAGCCCAAGACGGCGGCCCCGCUCUGGAUUGGUCGUCUUAUGCAAAGAGGCUGCCCCCCAAGGGAACAGUGAAAAAUGGAAAUAAGCAAGAUGAAACAUGGAUCCCAAAUAAACCCACAUGUAAAGCAAGCUGGCCCAUCUCAGCUACUCCAAGGUGGUGCAGGAGGAGACCACGCACAGCAAUAAUGGACCUGCCUGGAGGGGUCUUGCCGGACAAGCGGAUGGAGAUGGAGAAGCACAGCCUGACUGCUGGCGAUUACAGCCGGGUGGUGGGGAAAGGCCCGGCCUCCCGCCCUCAGAUUUCCAAAGAGUCUUCCAUGGAUCCGAGAAUCCCUUGCUUUGACAGGGAUGGCCUUCUUGUAGCAGACGAUCCCCCAAAUGCGCAGUUUCUGUCCAGCCAGAGUGCAAAGCCUUCCCUUUCCAGCAGCACACUACCUAACCAGGCCGUUAGCUCCCUGGCCGGGCUAGGAAUGCAAAACUUGAAUUCUGUUAGACAGAACGGCAACCCCAGCACGUUUGGGGCCCCGGCUGCACAGUCCCGGAGCCUGCCGCCUCCACUCGCCCAGCCUCUGAACUCCUCGCAACCUAGCCCACGAGCUCAAGUGCCUGCCCCGCCGGUGCCGUCCCCUCAGGUCCCCGUCUCUCUGUUAAAAUACGCACCAAAUAAUGGGGGGCUGAGCCCACUCUUCGGCCCGCAGCAGGUAGCCAUGUUGAACCAGCUCUCCCAGUUGAACCAGCUUUCCCAGAUCCCCCAGUUACAACGGCUGCUUGUCCAGCAGAGGAAGGCCCAGGCUCCGAGGAACCCGGGAGCCGCUGGGAGCCGUCAGCCGGAGCAGCAGAGCCGCUCCCUGGGUCUGCCGCAGCCUUGCCAGCUGGAUCCCAGCCUCCUCCUGAAGCAGCAGCAGCAGCAGCUCCAACCACCCGCCUUGAAAGCCUUUCUGGAGAGCGAGCUGCAGAAAGGGCCAACACAGAGCAGUCCCUUCGGCAACUUCCCUCUCGGGCUGAACUCCAAUUUGAAUGUAAACGUGGACCUGGGCAGUAUUAAAGAGCCACAGUCUCGGCUGAGGAAGUGGACGACGGUGGACAGUGUGGCUGCAAACGCCUCGCUGGAUCAAAAUGUCAGCAAAAAUGGUGCUAUUUCAGGCGGCUUCAGGUUGGAGGAAGCGCUGUUUGGCCCCUACGACUUCAUGAGCAGCAGUCAUUCGCCAGCCAGUCCUCCAGGCUCCAUUGGGGACGGCUGGCCACGUGCCAAAUCGCCACCCAACAGUUCUAGCAGUGUCACCUGGCCCCCAGAGUUCCGCCCUGGCGAGCCCUGGCAAGGUUACCCGAACAUCGACCCUGAAACCGACCCCUUCGUCACACCUGGCAGCGUCACAAACAAUCUGUCGAUUAACACUGUGAGGGAGGUUGACCACCUCAGGGACAGGAGCACCGGGUCAUCCUCAUCUCUGAACACCGCGCUGCCUUCGACUAGUGCCUGGUCCUCCGUUCGUGCCUCCAACUUCAAUGUUUCCCUCAGCAGUACAGCACAAAGCACUUCAGCCAGAAACAGUGACUCCAAAUCCACUUGGUCUCCGGCUUCCAUGAACAACACCUCUCUGGCUCAUGAGCUGUGGAAGGUCCCCCUGCCUGCCAAGGGCGGCGUCCCUGGCCCCACACGGCCCCCUCCAGGGCUGACUGGCCAGAAAUUCCCGCUGUCCACCUGGGACCACUCCCUGCGGUUGGGGGGCGGCUGGAGCACUUCCGAGGCCAGAUAUACCCCUGGUUCCCACUGGGCUGAGAGCAACUCAGGGAGACUAACCAGCUGCUGUCUCAUCCUGAAGAACCUCACGCCGCAGAUCGACGGCUCCACUCUGCGGACACUGUGCAUGCAGCACGGGCCUCUGACCACCUUCCACCUGAACCUGCCACAUGGCAACGCCUUGGUCCGCUACAGUUCAAAAGAAGAGGUAGUGAAGGCACAGAAAUCUCUUCACAUGUGUGUCUUGGGGAACACUACAAUCCUCGCCGAGUUUGCCAGUGAAGAGGAGAUCAGCCGCUUCUUUGCACAAGGCCAGUCUCUGACCCCCUCCCCCUCCUGGCAGUCCCUGGGCCCCGGCCAGAGCCGGCAGGGGUCUGUGGACGGCCCCCACGCCUUCCCGAACCGCAGCGACCCCAGUCACCACUGGAACGGUUCUGGGCUGCCGGGAGCCGGCGGUGGGGAGCUCCCGGGCGCGUCCCUCUGGAGCGGCCCCAACUAUUCCACCAGCCUGUGGGGCUCCCUGGGCAGCAGCGACGGCCGGGGGCUUGGCGGCCCCUCCCCGCUCAAUGCAUUCCUCUCUGUCGACCACCUGGGGGCGCGGGGGGGCAGCCCAUGUAACCCUCUGUCCUCCUUCAGCGAAUGAAACUGUGACCUCGGAAGCUGUGAGGAAGCAGCACUAGAAGUUCGACUCCCCGUUCACCCCCCUGCAUCCUUUGGCGGGCGGUGGGGGGGGGGGAUCACCUGUGGAAGCAGUUACUUUUGUGCACAUCCCCCCGUCCCCGUGUAUUUACCCCCAACGUGCCAGUUUGAAUACUUGAAUCAUGCAGGCCAAGUUUAUAAUGUGAAAAAAGUGAUGGAAAGUGAUGGGUGGGACCCCCCCCCCGAGGGCUUCUGUCCCUUUGAGAAGCCUCCCCAGAGCCCGCUCGCUCGGUGCCUGUGUGUGUCUCUGUUUUAGUUCUCCUUUGGACUGGCUCUUGUCGUGCGUGUGCUGAUCAUGUGGGCGUUAGAUCCUCCAUCGCCCCACACAGACCUAUCUGGCCUGCUUUGUGCCUGGCAGGGGUGGCUGUUGACCUGCAGCGUUCCCUGGCAGGGGGCUCCAUGGUGCCUUGAUGCCCCCCCCUCCCCAGCCAGAAUUGAGCACCAAACCAAGGAGGAAGAGGGAGGGCAAAGCUCGGCUCCAGGAGAGUCUGGCGGAGCAGCAUGGGAACCACACGGCACAGUGUGCGGCUGAGGCGUGCGGCCCGGCCCGGCCCGGCGUCCUGGGCGGGUUCUGCACUUUCCAUAGGCUUCUAGGUUUUUUAAUUUUUUUGUGGCGGGGGGAGGGGGAGGGAAAGGGCUCCUGUGCUGGGGCACUGCCUUGUUUACAGAAAUUGUGUGUCAUCCUUUUUUUGAGAAACAAUGUUUACUCUUCCAUCCUUUAAAAAUAUAUUUUUAAAAAACCACCAACAGAAGCAGGACAGAUCCAGAUGCUUUGCUCUCUCUUUCCCGCUCUCUCUCUGGGAAUCCCGAGUAGUUUUUGGCUGCCACGUUGUGUGCGUGUGUGCGUAUAUCUUCCCUCCCGACUCACAGAGCGUGGCUCUCAGGAAAACCAAGGUCCUUUGUACAACUCUGUAGUUCCUUAUAGGAAAAUAACGUUUAGCACUGAUCUUACGACUUACUCGGUGAAACUUUCUUCUGCCAAAAAUUGCAUCAAAUUGCUGGACUCGGCCUGCUGGAGGUGAGGUGGGGGUGGGGUGGGCGUAGCCUCUGAAUUUCUUCAUUCCUCCCUCCCCCAACCCCACCCUUGUGAGUGUGUUCAGUGUUUAACCUUCAAGCCGAACUGAGUAACUAUGCAGACUAUAACUGAGGCCCUGGGCUUACAAAAAAUUUCUUGUAAUUUUAAAUGUUUAAAAAGUCCUUGCAACUGCUUUUCUUGUGAAAGUGUUAAAAUCAUCAUCCCCCCCCCCCUUCUGCCACAAAUGGUAUUAUAUUACUUGUUGCUUGUUUAGCCGGGAAGACGGAAGAAAGACUAAACAAGGAUAAAAAAAUGUUAACUGUGCUGACAAAUUCAUUUCAUUGCCUUGAUUCUUAGCUGUUGUGUCUGAAGAUGCUAAAGAAGUCAGUGGCUUUUUAACUGUUUACAAACAGGGGUGAUUGUAAAAUGUACAGUCGGGUUUUGUGUUUGGAAUUAUGAAGUUUCUCCAGCUAUUAAUAAAUUGUGACACUCUGGGCUGCUUACCAUAGAA